GAGCGGAAGCAGCACCUCUGACCCCGGCGUCCCCCGGAAGCGGAAGUCCAUAGGCUGAGAGCGAGAAUCACCGGAGCAACGUGCAGAGAGGGAAAGAUGAGUCUGCUGAACAAGCCGAAGAGUGAGAUGACCCCCGAGGAGCUGCAGAAGCGCGAGGAGGAGGAGUUUAACACGGGGCCCCUGUCGGUGCUCACACAGUCCGUGAAAAACAACACCCAGGUGCUCAUCAACUGCAGGAACAACAAGAAGCUGCUGGGGCGGGUGAAGGCCUUCGACAGGCACUGUAACAUGGUCCUGGAGAAUGUCAAGGAGAUGUGGACGGAGGUCCCCAAAAGCGGCAAAGGAAAGAAGAAAUCCAAGCCAGUCAACAAGGACAGAUACAUCUCCAAGAUGUUCCUGCGAGGAGACAGCGUCAUAGUGGUGCUCAGGAACCCGCUGCUGGCCGGGAAGUGAUGACAUCAUCACCUUCUUGCUCCUCCCCCACUUGCUGUGUCUGUUAUGUCAUGGCCAGUAGGAGAUGAUCGAUGACUGUCUUUUGGGGAAUUUGUGUUUUUUGUUGCUUGGUUCUCACGAUUGUCAUUUUUUUUGUAAUAAACAGAAUCUGCAGAUA